AUGACUAACCCAGCUAUCUCUCAGGAGCCCAUCUCGUUUAGUAUUCAUGCUCCAUUCAUCUAUUUCAUGAUUCGAGAUUUCAAAAUGACAGAUGAACUUCACAUUGGCUACUACGCUAGCUUAAUUACAUCGGCCUUUGCUAUGGCACAAUUCGUAUCAGGAAUGCCGUGGGGAUCACUCUCGGACCGAAUCGGUCGUAAGCCUGUUGUGCUAUUUGGCCUUGCCUCGACCAUCAUGGGCGUAUUUCUCUUUGGGUUAUCAAAAUCAUUCGCAUGGGCUUUAGCGACAAAGAUAUUUUCAGGUUUAUUUAAUGGAAAUAUAAGUGUGCUCAAAAGCAUGAUAGCUGAAUUGACCGAGAAUCACACUGCAGAUAAAAGAACAAGAGCAUUUUCGCUGCUGCAAGUGACAUUUGGAUUGGGUAGCAUUGUGGGUGCUGCAUUAGGAGGCUAUCUAUCAAAUCCUGUAAGUAAAUAUCCAAAUUUAUUCGCUCAUUUGGGUGCUUCCAUUACCCAAUUUUUGAUCGGGUAUCCCUACUUUUUACCGUGCUUUGUUGCUACUUGUAUAUCAACAUGUUGUUGGUUAUUAGGCUUGUUCUUUUUAGACGAAACCCUGCAGUGCAACAAAAUUGUCAAUAAUGACCGAGAAGAAGCACCUUUGUUAUCGAGCGCUGAUCAGCAACAACAACAAACCUACAAUGCAGUUGUUGUAACGGAACAACCCGACACCACAAGACCUCGCUUGACUCUUUCAGAAAAACUCACGCCUCCAGUCUUGGCAAUUAGCAUUCUAUAUGCAGUUACUGCAUUCCAAAUGCUGUACUUUGACGAGCUAUUGCCAACAUGGUCAGCUACGCCAAAAGAAGCAGGAGGCCUUGGUUUUGAAUCAAGGGAGAUCGGCACAAUUCUCUCUUAUGCUGGCAUUGUGAUGUUACUAGUGCAGGUGUUUGUCCUCCAUCGACUUACUGCUAUUUUUGGCUUGUUGAACCUAUUUCAAUUGUCUCUGUUGUCUAGCGCCUUUAUAUUUUUAGCACAAGGUCUAAAUCGGCUCUUGUAUCAAAUCCCUGAUCCUACGGCAGACGGCCAAGUGGGUACAAAGUUUUGGGUUUGGUUUGGUUUGAUCUUUUGUCUGACAGUCAAGUCCUUGGCGCAAACAAUUGCGAUUACUAUAUCUGUCAUUUUGUUGAACAAUUCAGUAGAAAGAUAUGAUACGCUUGGCUUUAUCAAUGGGUUCUCACAAUGCUGCAAUGCUGCAAUGAGAACGUUGAGUCCUGCUGUUGCCGGCUACAUUUGGUCGAGAUCCAUUGCAUCCGAAUGGAUUCCUUUGGACAUUCGCUCCUAUCUUCCUUGGGGAUUAUUAGGCAUAAUUGGUCUAAUCACGUUCUUUGCUGGCAUGCAGUUGAAUCCAGCAUAUUAUAAUAAGCCUCAUAGAUCAAGAAGUCUGUAA